UCAUUCACCAACUCCACCAAUGCCAUUCUGGGCAUUCCCAGCUCGCGUCUUCCCUCCUUAAACGACGACGUUUCCCCAUGGCUCUCGGGUCAUCUGGCCCCCGCAUCAAUUCUGUUCCAGUACGGAUCAAUACCUUACCUCGUAGGAAUGGAACAUACAGAGUGGCUGAUUUCAUGACGAAGAAGGAAAACUUGCACGUUGUGAAAAUCACCACCACUGUUGAGGAAGCGUUGGAGGCUCUCGUUAAUAACAGGAUCAGUGGUCUUCCCGUAAUCGAUGAUGAAUGGAAUUUGGUUGGCGUUGUCUCAGAUUAUGACUUGUUAGCAAUCGAUUCAAUAUCAGGUGGCAGUCAAUGUGAAACAAACAUGUUUCCUGAUGUGGACAGUUCUUGGAAAACAUUCAAUGAGAUACAAAAGCUUCUUAGUAAGACAAAUGGCAAAGUUGUGGGGGACUUAAUGACGCCAACCCCACUUGUUGUUCAUAAAUCCACUAAUCUGGAAGAUGCUGCCAGGUUGUUGCUUGAAACAAAAUAUCGCCGAUUACCUGUAGUAGAUGAAGAUGGCAAACUGGUUGGACUUAUUACAAGGGGGAACAUCGUAAGAGCAGCUUUACAAUCAAAACGUGCUAGUGAGAGUGAUGAGAAGCCCAUGUAGUGGUUUCAGGAGUGUCGUUUGAGCAAAUCUGUGGAUAAGGCUGAGAGUCCAUUGGUGGAGCUGAAGGCAACUUUUGAUGUUCUUUACUGACCUUUCAAUGGGCUACUUCUACGAUUUAGCGGAAGGUGGGGAUUGAUCGAUCUGCUUCCUUGAUACACAAUGUUGACAAGUUACACGGGCUUUUUACGAUAUUUUGGGUAGGAUUGCUUAGCGUUUUGUAGUCAUUAAUCCAGUUCCUCUUUGAUGCUAUAUAAUAGAUUCCAGCAUUCAGAACCGUUGUAUACCAGUUACUUAUAGAGAUCAAUAUUCAAUGCUUGUGUUAUGGGAUGAUUAGGAAGGCAUGUUAAUCAAUAUCAGCAUAUUUGACCAA